AACUCGGGACAAUAGCAGAAACAAGACACUGAACUAGAUGUUCUCGGGCAGCUUCGUCUUACAGAUUCUGUUUGUGAUCCUGAGACAAGUGAACAUCUGAGACUAUUCAGCGAAGCAGCACAACAGGAUCUCGUCUGUUGGCUAUAUCAAACUAAAACCUGACUUCUGAAAAUCAGUUUUAAUUGAGUGAAGCAACAUGGCCAACAAGAAGUCAGAGGUCCAGAGGAGGAUUGUGUCCAAGGAUGGCCACAACAACGUGCGGAUCGACAACGUGGAGGGAAUGGUCAAACUGUACCUGCACGACAUCUGGACCACCGUGGUGGACAUGAAGUGGCGUUACAAACUCACUCUGUUCGCCUCCACCUUCGUCAUGACCUGGUUCAUCUUUGGGGUCUUCUUCUACUUCAUUGGGAUGGGCAACGGAGACUACGAGGACGGUCUGAGCUCCAACCACACACUCUGCGUCACCAACGUUCAGACACUCACCGGAGCCUUCCUGUUCUCUCUGGAGUCUCAGACCACCAUUGGUUACGGUUUCCGUUACAUCUCAGAGGAGUGUCCUCUGGCUAUCUUCACUCUGGUGGCUCAGCUCGUCAUCACCGGCCUGGCUGAGAUCUUCGUCACCGGCGCCUUCCUGGCCAAACUGGCUCGGCCCAAGAAGCGAGCGGAGACCAUCAAGUUCAGCCAUUCGGCGGUGAUCUGCCGCCACCAGGGCAAGCUGUGUCUGAUGGUGAGAGUGGCCAACAUGAGGAAGAGCCUCCUAAUCCAGUGCCAGCUGACUGGAAAGCUGCUUCACUCGAAUGUGACAGAGGAAGGUGAGAAGACUCAAGUGCACCAGAGCUCGGUGGAUUUUUACAUGGACUCCAGCAGCCAGUGCCCCUUCCUCAUCCUGCCUCUCACCUUCUACCACGUCCUGGACGAACGCAGUCCGCUGAAAGGACUCACCGCGGAAAACCUGCUCACCAGAGAUUUCGAAUUGCUGGUCACCCUCAACGCCACCAUGGAGUCGACGGCGGCCACGUGUCAGAGCCGAACCUCCUACGUGCCCCAGGAGAUCAUGUGGGGCUUUGAGUUCAAGCCGGUGUUGUUCAGCACCAACGGGGGGCGCUACGUGGCAGAUUUCAACUUUUUUGACAAGGUGCAGGUGAGCAACGAUGCAGCCUUCAGCAACAACAUGGAGAAGCUGAAACUGGAAGAGGACUAUAAGAAGGAGUAAAAGACUUGUGUAUUGUCAUGAAUGCUGAGGCUCCACCAGUUUACCGACUCAGUUCAUCCUCACAGCCAUAAACCUUGAUUCAAACACUGUUUUUGUGUCAUAUGAUGUCAAAAGUUUGGUUUUAUUGUUCAACAACAAUUAAAUUUUCAGGCAAACUGGAAACCUGACAUAAAAAUACUUUUUUCUGCACAUCCUAAUUACACAUUUGAUCGUUCUGAUGUUUUUUGUUUUGUUAUAUUUUGCGUGGACACACAGAGAUGAAACUGAAGUGAGGUUUGUCUUAGCAAAUAUGAUGCUUCACUGUUGCUGAAUUCGAAGGUCGAACAAUUUGUACAUGGCACUAUUUCUGGAAAACAGGUGUGAACUUUUUUUUUAAAUUACUGUGCUGUAACAUAGACAUAUAGAUAGAUUAUGAUAUAUAAUAUUACAGUUGGCAGGAUGACACAUAGGGGCUGAUAAAUAUGUAACAUAGAGGUUGAUUAAAAUUAUUCACUUGUUUUUUGUUUUUUUUUAAAUAAAAGUUUCUUUGUUUAGUAAAAA